CCAGGCCGUUUGCUCACCCGCCCCGGCUUCCCACCCGCCGCCUGCUCCUCCUGCCCCAGGGCCACGCCACGACCAUGUCCGAGCUGGAGAAGGCCAUGGUGGCCAUCAUUGACGCUUUCCACCAGUACUCGGGCAAGGAGGGAGACAAGCACAAGCUGAAGAAAGCAGAGCUCAAGGAGCUCAUUAACCACGAGCUCCCCCAUUUCCUCGGCGUGAGUAUCGCCCCACGCUGCUCUCCGGCGGGACGGGGGCAGGCGAAAGGCGGG